AUGCCAAGGAAAAAACAGCAGCAUCCACAGCCAGUCAAGUUGGAUUCAAAAACUGUUGUAGCCGCCCAAAACGCAGGAAACCUCACCUUCCACACGGACUUCCUUCUGGAACACGACCUUCAAUUUACCGAUCCUUAUCACGACGGCAACAUUCUUGGCCUGGAAAAAUUCUCAGAGGUAGCUGCUGAGAUCGGUUUCUCCGUGUACCCUCUGUGUGAUGAGGACAGCUCCGACGGCAGCGGCAGCAUGGCUAGCGAAACGGAAACCUCCCACGGCAGCACCCCUGACCACGGGCGCGAGGACGAAGGCAGGGCGGGCCGCUCCGAGCCGCCCUUCCCGCCCUACCUGCAGUGCCGGGGCUGCGGCCAGCUGCGCGACGACCCGCUGGGCGCGGCGCUAGAGCCGGCCGGAGCCUAUUGCUCACGCUGCCGCAAGGCGUCGCGGGACGCCGGCCCCGGCGCGGACUUGGCCUUCGGGAGCCCGGCCGGGGCGGACGAGGACAAGAACAAACUGCAUUCGUGCCACCUGUGCGGCUUUUCGUCGCGCUACGCCAACCACGUCAAGCGGCACAUGAAGACGCACAACGGCGAGAAGCCCUUCAACUGCCCCGUGUGCUCGUACGCCUCGGCGCAGCUGGUCAACCUGCAGCGCCACCUGCGCAUACACACUGGCGAGAAGCCAUAUAAGUGCGAGAGCUGCGCCUUCGCCUGCAGCUCCUUGGGGAACCUCAAGAGGCACCAGCGCAUGCACGCGCCCGCCGGCGUCGAGGCCCACUCUGGACCCGCGCAAGGACACCUCGGCCUCAGGCCCCCCGCCGGCAGCAGCCUCAAGAGGCACGAUGCCGGUGCCCACACAGCUAGUGAAGAAGAAGACGAAGCUGCCAAAGAGGUGGCGGCAGCUUCCGCCCACCUGACCCUGGCCGCGCAAAACGCCGACUACCUCUCCGCCUUCGAGAGUCUGAAAUCGGCCUCGCCUCCGUCGGCGCCCCCCGUGGCCCGCCGCCCUUCGCUAUUCCCCUUCACCUGCCGCUUGUGCGGCGCGCCGCUGGAAGACGAAGACGGCUCGUCGGCGCAAAUCUGCGCCAAGUGCACGCUGGAAAUGCUGACCAAGGACUCGUCGUCCUCGCCGAGCAGCCCCGGCGGCGUCGGCGACAAAGUGUACACUUGCGCCGCCUGCCCCUUCCUCACGCACUACCCCAACCACUUGGCGCGCCACAUGAAAACGCACAGCGGCGAGAAGCCCUACAAGUGCCCGCAGUGCGACUACGCCUCGGCGCACUUCGACAACCUGAAACGGCACCACCGCGUGCACACGGGCGAGAAGCCUUACAAGUGCCACCUGUGCGAGUACGCCUGCGGUAACCUGGCCAACCUCAAGCGGCACCAGCGCGUGCACUCGGGCGCCAAGCCCUUCGUCUGCGCCGUCUGCAACUACAGCUGCAAUCAGAGCAUGAACCUCAAGCGCCACAUGUUGAGGCACACCGGAGAGAAGCCCUACAAGUGCCAAGAGUGCGGCUACACCACCGGACACUGGGAUAACUACAAGCGGCACCAGAAGAAACACGGACACGCCACCGACGGCUGGGUCAAGGCGCCCGCCGGCCCCCGGGACGAUAAAGGCGGGGCCAGGAAAGAAGCGGCGGCCGUCGCCGAAAUGGCUUACAUGGCCAGAGAGGGCGCUCAGACUUUACAGCACCCUAACUGGAAACUGGAAAUGGUCUAA